AUGGACACUCGUCUUUGGCAUUUGCCGUCUGCGUUUUUUGUCCGAUUUGAUCCAGUUGCAAUGACUCUCACUGUUGCUCCCGACCAGCAAGUCCCACAUCCACCGCUAACAGACAGCUCGUUGAGUUUUCUACCUCUGUUCCCUUCAAGUCAGGACAUAGAACAGCAGGAUGCGUUGUCUCACACGGAGCUGUACAACUAUCCUCCUCCGUCCCACAUUCCGUACGCGGAGAGUACAGCAUCCGCUGCAUCUUACAAUCUGAGUCCAGCCGAAGACGAAUCGUCACCGAAGCCCGCCCUUGAUGAGGAGAAACGACGGCGUAAUCUUGCAGCGAGCGCCAGGUUCAGACAAAAGAAGAAGUUGCAUGAGCAACGUUUAGAGCAGCAUACCAAGGAGCUUCGUGAUAAAGCCAACAAACUUGAAGAGAGAGUUGCUCACUUAGAAAAGGAAAAUGCUUUUUUGAAGGCUCUGUUGACUGACAAGGAGAUAGACAAUAGCUUGCAAGGUCGAAAAACAUUUUAUGAAUAUGCUACUCUAAUUGCUGAGGGCGAGUUGUAG